AUGCCAGUGAAACAGCUUGUAAAUAAUGAAACGACUACUGUAUCUGUUUUCCUGACUUGGAAUCAACCUGAUGAGUCUAGAAGUGAUUACACCUACAGAGUACAAAUAGCAAACACCUCAUCUGUUGUGAUAAAUCAAACAACGUCAUCAAAUCAACUCAAUGUAACUAAUCUGACUCCCGGAGUAACAUAUACAUUCACUGUAUUUACAAGAGCGGCUGAUAAUGUCACUGAAAGUCAAUCUGUCUCAUAUACAACCUGCACAGGUGAGUGUAAACUGGUAUUAAAGGGAAUCAACAUACGGACACAUUACAAUACAGAGUCUGACUUAUUAGUCAUUACAAGGUUAUAUGAAAUGUGUUUUUAAUAAUGUUUAUCUUAAAAUUGUAACAUGCAGGCGAUGCUCGUUUUGAGGAACUGGAUUAAAAAAAAAAGUUACUAAUAUUCAGUGGAGAAAUAAAAAAUAAAAGUAUUAUACCUAUUGUUGCUUUUAUAGAGCCUUGUUUCUUUUUAUUAAAAGCUAAUUCUUAAACUUUAAUUAUAAACAUACAGAUAUAUCACAUUGUAUACCUAUAAAGAAAUUCCUUUUACUAACCUGCUAAGAAAAACUCAGUGACGAAUAAAUUCUCGAAGUCCGUUACAGUCACAGCUUGACUACUUUAUUUUACAUUUCACAAUUCUGAUUCCAGGUCAUAACAAUAUGGUGUUUAGAGAAUAAUCCCAUAGAAUUUACCUAAAUUAAUCUUUCUUUGUGUUUUAUUUACUAGAAAGUUAAUUAUUUUAUUUCAAAUUCAUGAACCUUAUAUUAAAUGAUUUCUGCUUUCUUUCAGUUCCGGGUCUGGCUCAGAAUAUCACAGUAACUAAUAACAAUACUACUAAUUCACUUAGUGUGAACUGGACAAUACCAGCAGGGAAAGUGGAUAAUUACACAGUCACUCUGAAUGGAGACGUCAAUAGAACAAUCACAACUAAUUCUACACAAGUGGAUUUCACAGACUUACUGCCAGGCAGAAACUACUCCAUCACUAUACAGACAGCUAGUAGUAACUGCAGCCAGUCAGCAGCUCCAGUGAUAGAGGCAACAUGUGAGUAUGAUGGGAUCAUUGGGACAGAGCUAUAUCUUUACGUGGAAAUCAUACAAACUGAGUUCUAG